UAUCCCCUCAGCUGUAACAAGCCGUUCUAAUAGCCCAAGCCUCCUCGCAAGCGUCUCCAGCCCAACACAAAAAUGGGCCAUACACACCGUGCCUCCGCGUCGGCGGCGGCUGCAGUGCUGCUGGCGCUGCUGCUAGGGUGCUCCGUUGGGACAACCGCAGCUGCCGGGCGUCGCGCGCUCCUGCAGGGCCCCGUUGCUGACGUGCCUGCUGCCAACCUCACGUCCGAGGUUCCUGCUCCUAACGCGACUGUUGCUAUUGACGCCUACAAUGUCACGGGCGCUGCUCAGAAGGUCGCCGCCAACAAGACCGCCGCCAUCUCCACCAUCUUCGCCCCCACGGACGCGGCCUUUGCGGAACUUGCUGCUUCUCUGGGCCUGGCCUCGCCAGUGGACUUGUUCAACGCCACGCUGAACGCAACGGCCGCCAACAUCACCGCCCUGCACGUCAUCCCGGGAGUGGCCCUGACCGCCGCCAACAUCACGGCCGCUGGCAGCAUCACCGCCACCUCCCUGCUGGGAUACAAUAUCACUGUGACAGCGCUGCCGAACGGCACGAUCACCGCCACAAUUCCGGGCAGCAACAUCGUUGCCGACGUCAUCACCCCUGAUGUGCCCUUCAACGGGAGCAUUGUGCAUGUGAUCAACAAGGUCCUGCUGCCGCCGCUGAACGAGACUGUGGGCUGGGCUGUGCCCAUUGCCAACGCCACUGCCGCGGGCGUAUGAGCACCCCUGCGUAUGAGGGCUGCUGAUUGAGUAUCGAAGGUUUGCCAAUGUCAAAAGGUAAUAGUGGCAGGGAUCGCACUCGGCACCAUACGAAUGAAUGCAUGAUGGAAGGUUGCGGACUAAAGGCGGCAGGCAGGAAGGGUUGCUUACGUGCUGCAGUGCGUGCCCUUUCAUGCUAACUAGCUGCCAGUGCUGGCGCUGGUGCUGCGACUUGGUAGGUGCGUCCUCAGAGUCGAAGGCGUGUUAUUACUGUUAGCAACGACAGAUCUGUCUAGAGGUCACUUCAGCCAGCGCCGCCAGAGAGUACUGUUUUGGUUCAGAGUGGAUCGAUGCGAGUGGCACUACUGUCGCAGCAGUGUUGUUGUUGAGGGGGCGUCGGGCGCUGGACUGCUGGCUGCUUGUGUGCUUGCGCAACUGCAUGGCUAGCUACUAUCUGGUGGCUAGCGCCCGUGCGUAUUCGUGCAGGCACGCGGGCACUUGUCUGUAAUCCACAUGCGCG